AUGGCACAAAUUUCAUCCAACAUGGAUGACCUGAUGGGUUGGAACAACCUGGUGGCCAACACAGCUUACCUGAAGGCUCAGCACAUAGAUCGCAAUGAGCUGAGAAAGCAAUGGCUCAACCUGACACUGCCCAGACCAAUGAAGUCCACUGCUGUGCGGACAGCUGCAGGAGGUCAGUACGAGUCACUGUGUGAGCAGCAGCCGAUUGGAAGGAAGUUGUUCCAGCAGUUCCUCUUGUCCUCUAACCUUCAGUAUGUGGUUGCAGCUCAGUUCAUGGAGGAGCUGAGUGGCUGGAGUUUUGCUGAAAAUGAAGCCAGAGAGAAGGUCAAACAGAGCAUCCUCACCAAGUUAUGGCAACCUGAGUCCAGGGGCAUUGUGUCCUACCUUAAAGGAGACAGUGCUGAGAGAUGCAAGACUUUAUCAAACAAGUACAUUGAUGAGGCGAUAAUGGACAAGAUAAAAGAAGCCACAAGAGACUUUUUGAAAGGAAAGCCUUUCUCUGAGUACCUGAAAAGCGCUUUCUUUUACAGGUUCCUGCAGUGGAAGGAGUAUGAAAUGCAGAAGAUCAGUGACAAAUACUUUUAUGAGUUUAGGACUUUGGGGAAAGGUGGUUUUGGUGAGGUGUGUGCGGUACAGGUGAAACACACAGGCCAAAUGUAUGCCUGCAAGAAGCUGGAAAAGAAGCAUCUGAAGAAGAAAGGUGGUGAGAGGAUGGCCCUUUUGGAGAAGAGGAUUCUGGAGAAGGUCAACAGUCUCUUCAUCGUAAACCUGGUUUAUGCUUACUCCAACAAGACCCACUUGUGUCUGGUCAUGGACCUCAUGAAUGGAGGAGACCUAAAGUUUCAUAUCUAUGAGCUUGGGGAGCGUGGUAUCCGUAUGGACCGUGUUGUUCAUUAUGUGGCCCAGAUAACCACUGGGAUCCUCCACCUGCACUCCAUGAACAUUGUGUAUCGGGAUAUGAAGCCUGAGAACGUGCUGCUGGACAAUAAAGGACAGUGUCGGCUGUCAGACUUAGGAUUGGCUGUGGAGCUAACCAAGGGCAAAAUGAUCUGCCAGAAGGCAGGUACGACCGGCUACAUGGCUCCCGAGGUUCUGAAGCAGGAGUAUUACCGCACCUCUGUGGACUGGUGGGCUCUGGGCUGCAGCAUCUAUGAGAUGGUGGCUGCCCGUUUGCCUUUUAAAGACUUCAGAGAGAAGGUGCAGAAGGAGGAGGUGACUCGCCGUACUCUGGAGGAUGAUUGCAAGUUUCAACACAAGCGCUUUGACGCUCCUACCAAAGAUAUUAUCAGCCAGUUACUCAGAAGGAGGGUGGAGCAACGCCUUGGGUGUUGUGGCGACGACCCACGAAACCAUGUGUUUUUCAAGAGUAUCAAUUUCCAUCGACUGGAGGCAGGGCUGGUGGAACCACCCUGGGUGCCAAAGUCCAACAUGGUCUACACCAAAGACAUGGACAAGUUCAGGAACAUCUCUCAGGUCCAGGACAUUGAGCUUGAAGACAAGGAUGAGCAGUUUUACACCGAGUUUAGCACGGGCGCUGUCUCCAUCCACUGGCAGAAGGAGAUGAUUGACAGUGGAGUGUUUGACCAGCUGAACAAAUCCACACAGAAUGGACAUGACUGUGCGACUGGCUGGAAAUCCAAGAUGUGCAUAAUAUUGUAGGUUUCACACUUUAUCCAAUCACAUGUCAGCAGCUCAAUGCAUUUAGGCAUGUUGACAUGGUCAAGAUGACCUGCUUAAGUUCAAAUUGAGCAUCAGAAUGCAGGACAAAUGUGAUUUAAGUAACUUUAUACUUAAAGUUUUUGGUGCCUGGCAGGUUGGUCUGAGUGUUAUCUACUGGGAUAUUCACACACAACCAUCUCUAUGGUUCACGGAGAGUGGUUCAAAAAGAGAAAAUAUCCAGUUCACUGGAUAAAAUGACCGUGUUGGUGCCACAGGUCAGAAGAGAAUGGCCAGACUGAUUUCAUAAUGUCAGAAAGGCAACAGUAACUCAAAUGAGCUCUCAUUACAACCGGCCCUUCUGUGAAUGCCAAUAGGACGUUCACAGAUAGACCUCAGGUGCUGCUCAAGCACUUCCUCGUUUGACCACUGAGCAGAUAAGUGCCCUUAGAGACAUCCAUCCAUCCAUUUUCUACCACUUUAUCCUCCACAUGAGGGUUGC